AGACUUUACCCUACCCCCCCGCUUGCUUCUGGUACCUUCUUCUUCUCCCUGCUCUACCAGUCAGUAAACACUUCAGCAGAAUCAUUCCGAGCCCGAGCACAAGCCCUUCCGUACAUCUCCAUUCUAUCUCUCCCACUCCCUCUCCGAGCUAGUGUGCGUCAAGUGCUUCAACAAUGGCGACUUUGAUGCAGAAAAUUAAGGACAUCGAAGAUGAGAUGGCUAGGACUCAAAAGAACAAGGCUACAGCCCAUCACUUGGGCUUGCUGAAGGCUAAACUUGCAAAGCUCAGGAGGGACCUACUUGAGCCUCCAUCAAAAGGUGGUGGUGGUGCGGGUGAAGGUUUUGAUGUCACUAAGAGCGGAGAUGCAAGAGUUGGUUUGGUGGGUUUCCCGUCAGUUGGGAAAUCUACACUGCUGAACAAAUUAACUGGGACCUUCUCAGAGGUUGCUUCCUAUGAAUUCACGACCUUGACUUGCAUCCCAGGUGUGAUCGUGUAUCGAGGUGCAAAAAUUCAGUUGUUAGAUCUACCUGGAAUUAUUGAGGGUGCUAAGGAUGGAAAAGGUAGAGGAAGACAGGUUAUCAGCACUGCUAGGACAUGCAAUUGCAUUUUAAUUGUUCUUGAUGCAAUAAAGCCAAUAACUCACAAGCGUCUAAUUGAGAAAGAGCUUGAGGGAUUUGGCAUAAGGUUAAACAAGGAACCACCUAACCUGACCUUCAGGAAGAAAGAUAAGGGUGGGAUUAAUUUCACGUCAACAGUUACCAACACACAUCUGGAUCUUGAUACUGUGAAGGCAAUAUGUAGCGAAUACAGAAUUCACAAUGCUGAUAUCACUCUUAGGUUUGAUGCAACUGCUGAUGACCUCAUAGAUGUAAUUGAAGGCAGUAGGAUAUAUAUGCCUUGCAUCUAUGUUGUGAACAAGAUUGAUCAGAUUACACUUGAAGAGCUUGAGAUUUUGGAUAAACUUCCUCACUACUGUCCAGUCAGUGCUCACCUGGAAUGGAAUCUCGAUGGUUUGCUGGAGAAAAUAUGGGAGUAUCUUAAUUUAACUCGCAUAUAUACUAAACCUAAAGGGAUGAAUCCAGACUAUGAAGAUCCUGUGAUUCUGUCGUCUAAGACAAGAACGGUUGAGGAUUUCUGUGAACGGAUUCAUAAAGAUUUUAUUAAACAAUUUAAGUAUGCUCUGGUUUGGGGGUCAAGCGCGAAACACAAGCCCCAAAGAGUUGGCAAGGAGCAUCUCCUCGAAGAUGAAGAUGUUGUUCAGAUUAUCAAAAAGGUGUGAUUUGGUGGGAAGUCAGAAAUCCUUGUAACUUUAGCAUCAGGAUGUCAUUUACAAGACUAAAGCUUUCGAGAUAAGGCUUUUCUCCCCCAGCUCUCAGUUGUCUGUACUUUGUAGUCCAUACAGCACUUUUUCUCUGUUGUCCUGCUUUCAUAGGUGUUUUAAGGGUAGGCAGAACUUGAGGCAGCUUGAUAUUUAAACAUCAUAGGGCACGUUUUUUUGGUAAAGCUAAUUUUUGGUCAUCUCAACAUUUGUUUAGUUUGUAUUAGUAAUGUCAUCUGUUACCAAAUUGAGUGGUCGCAUAUAUCGAAGGAACAAAUGGUAAGGCGUUGAAAUCUGCAGAACUUGGAAUUUAAAUUC